AUGAACUCUGAGUACGAGGAUAGCUCCGCGUUAUCCCCCGUGGAAUCUGGGGACGAGGAGGAAGAGGUAUCAGAGGCAGAAACAGAGCAGCUGGGGUCCAGUUCCGACUCGGAUGAAGAUGAAAACGAAGAGAAAAUUGAUGAAACAGCAUGGACGUCAAAAAAUGGAAAAAUAUCUUGGUCUCCCACAAACGCUGAGACGUUCCGCUACAUCCCAGCAGCCACUGGUCUGACCCCGGGACCUACACGCUAUGCCACUCUCCGAAUCGUUGACCCCAUAUCCAGCUUCGCGCUGUUUCUAACGGAUGAGAUCGUGAAGCAUAUUGUGUCCAUGACAAACCUGCAUGGGAAUCGCAAAAUUCCCGGCUGGCGAGAUAUAGACGCAGAGGAGUUUCGGGCUUAUGUGGGGCUGCUCGUUUUGUCCGGUGUUUACAGGUCAAAACACGAAUCAACGAAGAGCCUCUGGAGUGAAAAAUGGGGACGGAGCAUUUUCCGGGCUACGAUGUCCGAGAAGAGGUUUCACCACAUCAGCAGAGCACUGCGGUUCGAUGAUAAGCUAUCCCGCCCCCCACGCCGUGUUGACAAGAUGACUCCCUUCCGCAAAGUCUGGAAUAUGUGGACGCACCGCCUGGAGAUGCUGUUCAGCCCAGACAGAGAUCUCUGUGUGGAUGAACAACUCGUCGCGUUCAAAGGCAGGUGUAGCUUCAGGCAGUACAUGCCAAAGAAGCCGGCCAAAUAUGGUAUCAAGAUUUGGGCAGCCUGUGAUGUCAAAACAUCCUACGCAUGGAGACUGCAGGUGUACACGGGCAAAGCAGCUCCAGAUCGUGUUGAAGUCAACCAGGGGAUGAGGGUGGUCCUGGACAUGACAGAGGGGCUCCAGGGACACGUCGUCACCUGUGAUAAUUUUUUCACUUCCUGUGCACUGGCAGAUGAGCUACUCAAGAGGAAAAUGGCCCUGGUUGGCACAAUUCGCCAAAACAAGCCUGAGCUUCCACCUCAUUUGCUCCAGGCAAAAAAGAGAGAGAUCUUCUCCUCCAUCUUCGCUUUUACAAACACCCACACACUUGUGUCUUACAUCCCCCGACGGGGCAAGAAUGUGCUGCUACUAAGCACAAAACACCGCCGCCCAGACGUGAGCAAAGAAGGGAAGAGAAAGCCUGUAAUAAUCGAAGAUUACAACAAAUGCAAAGGAGGUGUCGACAACCUUGAUAAGCUUAAAACCCUCAGAGGUCCUUAG